AUGCCACCCAAGAAACCCCCAGAUGUCGCUCUCCACCACGAAUGCCUGGCCUACGUGAGCAAACUCUUCAAAGAGCCUAGGACCCGAGAGGACGUCAAGCUCAGGGCCCUGAGGAACAAAGAGACCGAAUGCACCGUGGUCAAGACCAGCCUCAGCAGCUUCUGCAAGGACGCUGCCAGGGCCCUCCCUCUGGAGAGCGUGCUCAAGGAAGUGAAUAAGGCCAUAUUUGAGGCCUACGUCCUUGCUAACCUGCAUGUACUACGGAUGUGUGAGUCAGGUCGAGAAGUGCCACUUCUGGACCAGCCCUUCUUCUACAACUGCCUCUCUGCCGUCAGUAUGGCUGGUAGGCAGAAGAGCUCCGUCAAAGACCUCUACCUCAGGGAGACCGUAGAGCUCUACCUGGCAUCACGCCCCGCAAGCUAUCUGCCUCCGGACUGUGAGCAUCUCUCUUCCGGCUGGUACCAGAAUGCAAGCCUUCAGAUGGCCACGUGCACCAGGAAUUCCGUCGCCACCAACUUCUACAAGCGCUUCAAGCGCUACCUGAAGCACAAGUACUCCCUCGACGGCCCUUCAUGCUAUUCCAAGAUGCGGGACAUGUUCGCCGAUGAGUACGAAGGCGACGACCCACUGGUUUUGAGCCUCCUACCCACGAAGAGGGGCUUCGAGUGCAAUCACCUCAAGAUGUGCACGAAUGGUCUUUAUGGGCUUCUCAAGAAGGGAGGGGUCGAGCUUCCGGCCUCGGGAGCCGAGUUCAGGAAGGUGGCUGACGAUUACUGGCGGGACCUCUUCGACAUCGCAAAGUUUGAGACGUGCAACCGCAAGUUCGCAGGCGAGAUCCUCACGGACGGAAAGGCCGUCUGCAUCGUACUGAGGAAGCCAAAACCCAAGCAAGCUUCAGGCGAAGCAACACUCCCCGACCUCACAGGCGAAGAGGAGUUGUGGGGCCUAGACCCCGGCAGGCGAGACCUCUUCGUCAUGGUCAACGAAGAAGGAGAGAAGCUGAAGUGCUCAACUCGAGAAUUCUAUGGCGACGCCAAGUACAAGCACAGCAACGCCAAGAUCAAGCGGUGGUACGAUAAGAGCCUGGAGGUGCUCGAGGCCAUCCGCAACAUGCCUACCAAGAAGACCUCGGAGAGCACCAAGUUCCUCGCUUACGUGCACUUCGUGCUGCCUCGGUUGGACAUGCUCCUCGUCUACCACAUGAGGCAGGGAUUCAGAGGGCUCAAGUUCAAGCGGUACAUUUCGGUGCAGAAGAAGCUGCAUGCGCUCUGCAAUGCCAUAACGAGGCGAGUGGGUUGCAAGACGGUGGUGGGCUUCGGGGACUGGUCUAACAAGGACUCCGGAGGCAUCAUCAAGGGGUCUCCUUCUGGGCCCGUGAAGCGACUGGAACGGGAGCUCCGCAAGCAUUGCAGGGUGGUCACGAUGGACGAAUUCAGGACGAGCAAGCUGCACUUUGAUUGCAAGACGCAGCUGCGCAAUCAGUAUUCGGAGAAGCGGUGCAAGGAUGGGGCGGUCAAGACGUUCAAGGUCCAUAGUGUACUCCACUGCAUAAACAGUGGCUGUCAUGGUAUGACUGUGAACCGCGACGUGAACGCCGCCCGUAACAUCCUGAGGCUGUUGAGGCUGCGGCUCGAAGGCCGCACCAGGCCGGUGGAGUUUUGCCGGUCGGUUAAACCGAGCAACCACCCUCCUCCAGUGGAGACACCCGCAAACCCGGGGUGGCAACUCGGAUCUCGAUUUGGUGCUUGGAUGAAACUAGUAUUUAAGAUUAUCUAUAUGAUCAUGGUUUUUUCUUGCAAUGUAAAUGGCACCGUUGAAUUCCUUGCGUCGAGAGGAGCAGAUAUCACCUCUUAUAUGUGA